AUGUCGUCCAGAUUCGGCAACUCAACGCUACACCAGCGCGACUCGCGCAGCGCCCUCUUCGAAGGCUACAACGGCGGCGCCGACGCGACGAGGCGGCAAUUCACCCCGAGCCCGAGCGCUCUGAGCGGUGGCUAUGGCUACGGUGGCGGUUACCCGGGAAGCAACGGCAAUGGCAAUCGGUUGAGCGUGGAGAACAAGGGGUUUCGGCCUGCGACGCCGAAUUCGAGAGGCCAAUACGACACUGCAACCCUUGAAGAACUCGAAUCCCAAAACGAUCAACAAGUCACGGGCAUCCUGGACAAAGUCAAAGUGCUGAAAAGCAUGACGGUAGCCAUCGGUGACGAGAUCCGCGACUCGUCCGCCCUAGCCGAGAAGAUGAACGACACGUUCGACUCGACGCGCCUGCGCCUCCGCGGAACCAUGAACCGCAUGCUGCUCAUGGCGGAGAGGACGGGCGUCGGCUGGAGGGUCUGGCUUGGCUUCUUCGCGGCUGUUAUUAUCAUCUUUGUCUAUGUUUGGCUGUUCUGA